AUGUUGCGAUUGCUGUGGAUCUCAUCAUUUCUCGUUAUCGCCGCCUCUCGUUCACUUUUGGAACGUGUCAGUGAUGGCGGAACAGUCUUUCAUCGCUUAUUUGUAUCUGAGCAUAAACUCACUGAGGACGAACUCAAAGGUUAUCUGAAGGCCAUGGAUGAACAUUCCGAGUACGUUCCCAAGGAGGUGCAGCAAAUAUUCAAAAAGCUGACACCAAGGACAAUAUCUGAUCUCUUAACAUUCAUCAAUGAGGUUCGAGAAGGUUAUGUGGAUCUUUCAACUGAUUCCCGGCAUGUCAUCGAGCUGAUGGAAAUGAGAAUGCCUCAACUAGGCGAAAACCUCAAUGCUGCCCUGAGCAUGUUGCUAUCUACCAUCGGUAAAAUGCGACCUGCAACCAAGGCAGCUUUUCACAAACAUGUUUGCGAUCAAUUUCAGUACUGGAUAACCUUCUUCGAGUCUCUGGCAGCUCCGAUUACGUUACGCUCCACAUUCCUUGCCGCUUUCUAUGCUGAUCUUUUCAAAUCAUAUCAAACCUCAGAUGCCGCUACACAAAAGGAGAUCUAUGAACUCUCUUCGGAAACACAUCGACUUCUGAAGAGUGACUUUGCCAAGGCUUUUGCCGAGAAAGCUGAGGAGUUCGCUACUAAAGACUUGAAGCCGUGCGUGGAUAAAGCGGCGGAGACGAAAGCAGGCGAAAGGUUCUGUAAAUACAUGCAAACACCUCAAGCAGAAGACAAUGAGCCUCCAUGCAUAACCCCAAACUAUCAUGCGAUCGCGAAGGAAUACUGUGCUAAGUCCUGUGGUCUUUGUUAG